AUGGACGACGAGCUCGAUACCUCGAAAAUUAAAAAUUGGAGAUCAAUUAUCACCCUAAUCGUUUUUGUUAUAACUAAUGUUAUUGUCCUUUUCCCAUUUCAUAUCCCUAUAUAUCUCCCACGAUGGCUCACAAAUGGGUUUCUGGACCUAUUGAGUGCCAUGCGCAUUACGUCUCACCGGACUCGACCUCAAUCCAAUGGAGGGCAAUCAACCUUUCUGAAAAUUCGCUUUCCAUUGAACUUUAUCACGGCACCUUUAAUAGCGGAUCUCUUCCUUCUCGCUAUUUUAGCUAUUGGCCGAAAAGAGGUGCAUGAUGGAAUAGUCGGCGCAGACAACAUUAAUCCCAUUGAUACCAUGGUCUUCUUCCUCACGCUCGCUUAUAUUGCCAUCUCAAUUGACGCCUCUGGCAUCAUCAGAUAUCUGGCUUUGAUGGUUCUCCAAAAAGCAGGCAAGGCCGGCCACCGGCUAUUCUUCUACAUGUUUACCUUCUUUUUCGUGCUGGGCAGCUUUGUCGGAAACGACCCAAUUAUCCUGUCGGGUACACCAUUUCUUGCAUACAUGAUCCGUGUAUCAAGCAAUAUCGUCCACCCCAAAGCAUGGAUUCACAGUCAAUUUGCCAUAGCUAAUAUUGCCUCCGCAAUUCUUGUCUCCUCCAAUCCCACCAACCUGGUCCUUGCUGGUGCUUUCAAGAUCAAAUUUAUCACCUACACAGCAAACAUGAUCGUUCCCGUAGUCGUGACGGCGAUCAUCAUUUUCCCGAUCUUGUUAUAUCUCGUUUUCGCCGACGAAUCCCUUAUCCCUCGAUCCAUCACAAUGCACGAGCUGUCCGAGGAAGCCAAAGCCAAACCACCCGUGAACCCCAAUCUCCCUCGCGCCAGACGAAUUGUGGAAGAGAACGAAAAGUCUAACAACGAGCAAGUAAUGGAGCAAGGAAAGCAACUCGAGCUAGAGGAGAUCAUGAAUCCAUUCUUGGAAAAAAAGGGCGCUUUCUUGGGAGCUCUCAUUAUGGCCGCCACGCUAAUCACCGUCCUAGCAAUAAAUGCCUCAGCACCAACAGGCGAAGAGCGCCCUGUUUUCUGGGUCACAUUACCUGCUGCCUUCGUUAUGCUCUGCUGUGACGGCUGGCUCCAUCGCAACGAGACCCGUGAGUUUGUCGCGAAGGAUAGUCAAGAGGCCGAGGAGGCACGGUUUGGGCGAGAAAUGUGCGAGCGGAAUGAGCAGCAAGCGCUGCGAGAAACAAUGGAUCCAGAGGCACUGGAAUUGAACCAGUCUGAGCAAUAUGAUGCCGUAGGCUUGCGUCAUCGCAGUGAGCACACAUAUCAAGAUAUCUCGCCUGAGGCUAGUGAUAUCGCCUCGAAGAAUCCUUAUCCAGAAGGCGACAGCUCAUUGUCAGUCUCUGUUUUCACUAACAAGGAAAAGCUCCCGGAGCUAUUGCCAUCAGGCAGUAGUGUGAUGAAUAGCACACAAGCUCACGCACCUUCUCCCGAGGCAUUAGGCCCGGGAAACGCUAGAGACACGACGGCCCAUCAAGAAAAGGGCAGCUCUGCAUCUAAUCAAGACAACGGUCCACGCACAUUGGUUUCGCUCUCUGUUGAUUUCUGCCGCUGGUCACAGGAGAGAUUCCCCACUGUGACCGCCGUAGUAUCCAACAUGCCUUUUGCACUAGUACCCUUCGCUUUUGCAAUGUUUAUCCUGGUGCAGGCGCUUGUUACCAAGGGCUGGGUGCCGGUUUUUGCACAAGGAUGGGAUCAGUGGGUUGAAAGGACCGGAACAGUAGGCAGUAUCGGUGGAAUGGGAUUCCUAUCCGUGAUUCUGUGCAAUUUUGCCGGCACAAACAUCGGCACCACAAUCCUGCUCUCGCGGAUUAUCCAAGCAUGGCAGAAAAUCCACGAAGUCAGCGAGGUUCCCAUCAGUGAGCGCACAUGGUGGGCCACUGUCUACAGCAUGGCACUCGGAGUCAAUUAUGGCGCAUUCAGUACUGCGUUUAGUGCUUCGCUGGCUGGGCUGCUGUGGCGGGAUAUCUUGGAAAGAAAGCACAUCCAUGUCGGCAAUCGGGAAUUUGUACGAGUGAACUUCCCCAUUAUUGCUAUCUCUAUGGUGGUUGGAUGUGCAGUUCUCGUUGGAGAGGUAUAUCUCGUCAGAAGUGAUAAGCCGUACGUGCCGGCUUGA